GCUAUUGCCGAUUCCGUGUACAAACCUCACCCUCGAUCGUUUCACUACCAUGCAUGCCAGGCUACCUAGAGCCAACAUGCACCUUGCGGCAGCGGCGGCGGCAGACGAGGGAUCAUGGGGAGGAUAGGAUCAGGGAGCAGCUCCGGGCCGGCGCCGAGCAGCCGUCGCCAUCCAGCUCCUACGACACGGCCUGGGUCGCCACGGUGCCGGCGCAGGGUGCUCCUCGUACACCGCGCUUCCCACGGUUUGUGGAGUGGAUCAUGCAGAACCAACACGACGACGGCUCCUGGGGCCUCGGCGGCGGCGACCUCCAUCUUUCUUCGCUCGGCAAGGACGCCAUCUCCUCCACGUUGGUGUGCGUUCUGGCGCUCAUGACAUGGAACGUCGGCGACGAGCACGUCAGGAAUGUCGCAGUUGACGACUUCUUUGACGGCGGAGGAUCAACAGAGGAACGAGAAAACCUUAUCGGGUUAAUUGAGAGGUGGGAGGCGCACGAUGAAAUUGGAUUCUGCUCUCAGAGGCAAAAAUACGAUUUUGUACUACAUACGUGA